AUGGCGAAUGACAGGUGUCUGUCGUCGGUGUCGCACGCGUCGAUGCUGCUGAUGUCGCUCGUGCUUCUCGGCACGUGCCUGUGGGCCAUGCUCAGCACGCCAGCGAGCAGCUGUUUGAUAGGCUAUCAGAUACCGCUGGUGGUGAUCGCGUCGGUGCUGCUGCUCGCCGCAAUCGUCGGGCUGGUGGGGCUCGCGUGCGACCACGGCGGGCUGGGCUGCCUGCACCUCCUGCUCGCCGUCGCGGGCCUCCUCGCGCUCAUCGGCUACACCAUCUUCGCGUUCGUGGUGACGACGGGCGGCGCGGCGGAGAAGAGCCGCGGGCAGACGGUGUACGCGCCGGCGACGUUUUCGUCGUGGAUGCAGCAGCAGGUGUGGAACGACGCCACGUGGAGCGCGCUGCAGACGUGCCUCAAAGACAUCCACACGUGCAGCGACCUCCGCGACUACGCGCCCGCGCAGCUGCAGGGGAAACAACUCUCCCCGCUCGAGGCGGGGUGCUGCAUGCCGCCAGAGAACUGCUUCGUGAACUCCUCGCUGCCCACCUUCUUCUCCUUUGCCUUCGAGCUCCCCUCCACUGACGCCCACCCCAUCACUGACAACGCCCCUGCCGCCGCCGCUGCUGUCCUGCGCGACCCGCGCAACUGCAGCGCGUUCAGCCUGGAGUCCAACCAGCUGUGCUACAGCUGCGAGUACUGCAAGGGCGGCGUGCUACAGCAGCUCAAAUCGGAUCUGCUUGUAGAGGCGUACUUCGGCGUGGGAGUGGCGUGCACGAUGCUGCUGGUGGCCAUGGUCAUGUGCUGCACGCAGUGGGGCAAGGGGGGGCGCAACGACGACAAGAGGCGGCUUCUGGACGACCGGGGUGUGAGCAUGAGCCGCACUGCCAGCUUCCAGGGAGGGCCGAACCUCAACCGCGUGAACACGUACCAGAGCCAGGGCGGGCCUCAGUUCAACCGGGUCAACACGUAUCAGAGCCAGGGCACGCCCGAUUUCAAUCGAGUCAACACCUACCAGAGCUAUGGUGGGGAGCCGGAUUUUCAGCGGGCAAACACUUACCAGAGUGGUCGGGAUGGGUUCAGCCGCCCGAUGUCUCAGCAGGGGAAGCGCGGUGGGGGGCAGCACCAGGGGUAUGGGAGGAUCGGCGACAUGCCAUCGCCGCGUAACAGCGAUUUCGGAAUGGACGAACCAGAUCUGGAGAGGAACAGGACCUGGAGCGCCAGCAACCCGCCUCCCGGGGAGGCCAGGACUCCGCGGGGAGGGGGAGGGCGCGGGCGAGGGAGGGGACGUGGAAGGGGACGGGCGGGAAGAGGCGGAGGGGGGAGGACACCGGAGCCUGGGGAAGGACAUGCGCGAAGGGAGACCUGGGGGUCGGAGGGAGGUGGGAAUGUUGGGCAAGGCGGUGAGUACAUGGAAACGCCUCCGCCUGCACGUGCCCAGGAGAGGCCGCAGACCUCCCCGCAGCCGGUAGCACCGCUGCCGCCGCCACCCCAGGUUGAGGAUGUGGAGGCACAAGCGGGCGGUAACAUGGACAUGUAUGACUA